AUGGCGUGCCUGCUGCUUCCCCUCUUCGCAGCGGUCAUCGGCGGCCUACUUGGUGGACUUGCUCAGGGGCGUCCACCACAACCAGCUCGUCAACGCCGUGUUCAUUGGGACGACCAAUGGACGGACCAGAGGGAUGGCGACCACACGUAUGAGGACUGGGGGCGUAUGGAACCUCAUCCUGAACCUGCGGCGGGAGGAACCAACAGCUGGCAAACGACCCCUACGUCAAACCUGGGGCCUGGCCAAUGGGGUGCUGAAUGGACUCCCUCCACAUGGGUGGCCCAAAGUCGUGGACAAUGGGGAGAUGACUGGUCAACUUCUUCGUGGAACCCCUCCUCAGCCUGGUCCUCGUGGAGCACACCAUACACAUGGACUUCCUCACCUGCUUCCUCCUCUUGGACAUCCUGGACAGCGGCGCCUUCGGGAACCCCUCAUCGUCCUUAUGGCAUGACCCGAACAAUGGGUGGACAGCUGCGCCUACGGGAUCCUCCUCAUCGUCCUCCUGGCACGACCAGUACAAUGGGUGGACUGCGGCGCCUACGGGAUCCUCCUCGUCCUCUUCCUGGUACGACCACAACAAUGGGGAGUGGCAGCAACCUGGGCAGCCACACACGGAAUACAAUGACCAGCACCUGUGGGGUGGCAACGAACACCGGAGCACACCACGACGAGCACAAAGCCCUGCCAACGACAACCGGGAUGCACCACGUGAACGUGAACAACAUGAUGACCGUCGCUUUCUACAUGUACCUGGUUGGGGUCGUGGUGCCCCUCUUCAUGCGCCUGAACACAGAGCUCGAGGCUUCUAUCGUGACAACCAAUGGGUUGACAGACCAAGAGACGAUUGGGAGGAGAGGCUACAUCGUGGAGGGGGUGGCGAAGUCCGCACACAACGUCGUGAAGGACGACAACGACAAUGGGACGAAGGUUCGUUCCGACCGGGGUGACAGCCAGCAUCUCCAACACCAAUGGCGUAGUCGAGCUGAAUCUGGCACCAUUAGCUCGCCCUGGUGGACACUGCAACAGUGGAAAGACUGGGGUGACUGGCACCAGGCGCCGAAUCCUCAGCCUGCCCUUGCCGCUGACGUCGGGGUGGACUGGUCUGGAGUUGGUUUGCCAUCGGUGGAGGACAUUCUUCGGUUGUGGUCCGUGGUGGGUCAAUGUGGAGGCGGGACUACCACGACGACUACCUCUGCCCACUCUGAGAAUCGGGAUGUCAACGGUGAGUCUUCCUGCUCGACGACCUUGCCGCACACUGGGACGUCCUCUUCUUUGCCUCCGACUACCACUACCCUCGAGGAUGCGGACCACGAAGAAGUGGCGAUGAUGCAACGGGGAGCACCUGAUCCGGUUGACAACAGGAACGCCGACGACGACACAACUACUCACACCUGGCGUCUUAGUGAUGACGAAAGGGAUGACCUUCUUUCUGUGGGGUGGAGUGAAAACAUGAUCUCGGACCUCGAUGCCAUGCUCGACUUCCUGCACGACGUUGGCGAAAACUGCGGGGUGGACCAUGUUGCCUGGGCGCUUGGGACGUGGGCUCACAGUAACAUCCUUGCUGAGACCACCGUGGAGUUAGUCAACGACGUGAUGUUCUGCCGUGUUCAAGGGGUGCCAGAAAACCGCCCGUAUGAAUAUGGGACAAGGGGGCGGCUACAGGAUGCCUGGUUUACAGCUGAGGACAUCGGUGAACCGCCUCCUCGUCCUGCAGCCGGAGACAUGCUCCAACGUGACAACACCGCAAGGGCGAUGAGUGAACCGUUGGGGUGCAAGGAGUCCGUCGCCCUCGUGAACCACGCCCUGACGAGGAGGACACCGACGCUGAGGAAGAACUGCUACACUCCGUUGGGGUGGACGACCGGAUUCGUCGACAACUUCGUGACCUUCUUCGUGGACUAUGUGAACAAGAAGCACGUGGACAUGGGGCGGAACACCGUUGGGGAGUUGCACAAGUCGUUGAGGCAGCUCGCCAUGCUGAAGGGCGCAUCCCUCCUUACGGGGUGGUUCGCUCUCGCUUGGCGGCCUGGCUACACCAGUAUAGGCACGCCCUUGUCCAGAACUACCACCUGGAGUUCGGGGCGAACCUCUUGGACCUCACGGGGUGUCCCCCUGCUGGUGCUCCCCAUGGACCUGACGUGGCUGCAGGUGAUGCUCGACGUGAAAACCUUCCUAGGGGGCGUCGGAGUGGUCUUCCAAGGGGCAGCCGCUCCCGGUCACCACCCCGUCGAGUCACCGUCUCUCAUGGGGGGACUGGUUCUGAAGAAAGUGCCACCAUGGGGCGUGAACCUCCUGGCCUUCUCCCGCCUGGGGUGGACAAACACUGCUAUCUCCUCACCGGGAACCACUGUACCCUCUGCGGCGACAAGGGAUGAUCACCUUCUACCAAUGGGCCCUGCUCUACCUGGGGAUGCUCUAGGUGCAGAAGUGGUUGGUCCUGUUCCUCCUGGCGGCGACGAUUCGGUUCUACCUGCUCAUGAAACCUGUUCCAUUUUCCUUCCACUACGAGAAUGCAACUGGGACAAGCUUUCAACGUUGCCACGGGGGAUGGACAACAUGCUCCUUCGCUCACCUCUCCUGUUCCUGGAGAAGACGCUGGUAUGCUACCUGUUCAAGCUGCUCUUCCUGGGGGUGAAGCUCAUGACCUACCUGUACAAGCUGGGAGAGAAAGUUCGCCUGCCAACUCAACCACAUUAG